AAGAUUUGAUGGGACCUUUAGUCUGGAAGAACAGCAAGUUGCACUCUUUCUACUAGUUAUGCUCCACAAUGCCUAAACUUGGUCUCUCGAAUAAGGAGUGGUAUGAACGCCUACGUUCCUAUGCCAAGGGAAACUUUGUCUUUGGAAGAGGUCAGAGACCUUCUAAAAUUUCUAAAUGGACAAAGGAAAUAGAAAAGAUAGAGAAAUGUCCAAAAAUGACAGCAAAAGCCGUACGUGACCCUUUGGGUCGAAAGUUGAACUGUACUUGUGGUUACCAUAAGGAGCCAACAAAGCAUACCUCUGACCAGCCUACUCCACCCAGCGUGACACCAACAACAAGUAAAACUUCUACUUUAACAAAAGACAACGCUUCUACUGUGACUAGUACCCCGGCCAGUAACGUGAGUAGUGCCACGCCCAGUGACGUACCUAGUACAAGUAAUUAUUCAUUUCUUGACAUCCCACCAGGACCUUCUGUCGCUUUAGGUAAUCAACCAGCUGAGAAGAGUAAUACACCAUCGUUUAUCAAAAGCGCCACUGAUUUCAGUCUGCGACUCCCCAUCGGGUGGAAGGAGAACAUGGCUCCAGGUGACCAAGCAUGGGUUGGGCGAGCAUUAUUCAUCGCUAAACACAAGCUCCAGACAACUCUUCUCAAUUGGUGGUAUCCACCACAAGUAAAGCAUGAAACAAAGGUAGCAUCUUCGAAUCAGUACUUCCUGCGUCGCCUGUUUCUGUGGAUGCCACGAAAGAUGUGGGGUGUCGAUUUUAUUUGCCCGAACUGCAAGCAAAAGCGUUCAUUGAGGUCUAAAGGCCUUUACAAUCGUGUGCGACUGGUACUUGACACACAAGAGUACUACUACCUUGCUACGGAGUACAUGGAUUGCAAUGCAUGUAAAGGCACCUUCAUUGCAUGGGACAGCAGAAUGUUAAACCAACUAUCAGAUGGCGUUCGUGCCCGUUUCCCAGUGAUCCUGACGAGAAAAUACGCGUGUGACAAAAGUAUCGUGACACUCCUCCGAGCACGUACGUUUGGGAACAGCCCCUCUGCUCUACA